AUGGUCUCCAGCGCCCGUAGUUCCGGCGGCAUGGCUCACUCGGCUUCCAACAGCGCCGGAAGCGCCGGUUCCCCCUCCGGCGGCAUCGGGCCCGGCAAGGGGGUUGCGGCGGCGGCCGCCACGACCUCGGCGUCAGCGUCCACGCCGGCCAGCGGGAGCACCGUUGCCCGCCGCCUCAAUGAUCUCGAAAUUCAGGGAGAUGACCCGCCAUCGUCGCAGCCCGUUGCUAGCAAGAAGAAAAAGAAAGGAACACGCGUAGUAGGUCCCGACAAAGGUAACCGUGGAUUGCGCCAAUUCAGUAUGAAAGUCUGUGAGAAAGUUGAAGGCAAAGGGAGAACAACCUACAAUGAGGUGGCAGACGAACUUGUAGCUGAGUUUGCAGAUCCAAAUAGUAAUAUUGGGUCACCAGAUCCUGAUAAUCCCAACACACAACAAUAUGAUGAGAAAAAUAUACGAAGAAGGGUUUACGAUGCACUAAACGUCCUGAUGGCUAUGGAUAUUAUAUCUAAAGAUAAAAAGGAAAUUCAGUGGAAGGGCUUACCCCGAACAAGUUUGAGUGAUAUUGAUAAAUUGAAGACUGAGGUCAUUGGGCUGAAAGGUAGAAUUGACAAGAAAAGUGCAUAUCUGCAGGAAUUACAAGAUCAAUAUGCGGGCCUCCAAAAUUUGGUAGAGCGAAAUGAGCAGCUAUAUGGUUCGGGAGAUGCUCCAUCUGGCGGAGUGGCCCUGCCAUUCAUAUUGGUUCAGACACGUCCUCAUGCAACUGUCGAAGUGGAGAUAUCAGAAGAUAUGCAGUUGGUGCAUUUUGAUUUCAAUAGCACUCCGUUUGAGUUGCACGAUGAUUCCUUUGUAUUGAAAGCAAUGGGGUUCUCUGGUAAAGAAGAAACUGACGGUACAGUGGCUCUGGUUGCAAAUGCGGUUGAAUGCUCAAGUGCAUCAAAUGUUUAUGGGCGUCGAUCACCACAACCUGCAAGGCCAAAUGGAAUUAGGCUACGAACCUCACCUCCUAUUCCAGGGAUACUGAAAGGGCGUGUCAAGCAUGAACACUAG